GCUGUCAAGAAUAAAAACAACAUAUUUAAUGAGUAUUAAUAUGACACAGAGGCGACUGCAUACUAAAAAGUGAGUAUUUAGAGAGAGAUACGGGAUUAGGGAGUUGAGAUUUGUCUGCACACAUGCAGCCACUCCAACGACGAGACCCAAACCGGACACGUCCCUUCAUUUACUUUUAGUCGAACUAUUCUAAAUUUAUCACGGGUUGAGGAGAAGGUGUGGGGGUGUGACCGAAUGAGAGGUGGGGGGCAAGUUUUCAGAUGAACAUGUUCCUCAAAUAGAUGUGGAUGGGAGGAGUUUCCUGGCUCCAGGGGGUAGGUAGACGCAAACACCUUUUUUUCUCCUUUUUUUUUUUGCGCAUGAACAUGCAGCCUUAUGGCGAAGCGUGGGGACAGCGGAGCGGUGCAGCGGGGACAACAGCUUUUACUCAAGGAUGGGAUUUCACGCUGAGGACGUGGGAGGCACAGUGGACCCCAACACACACACUUCAUGGGUCUAAAGUUAAUCAGCCUUAAGGGAAGGCUGGAGUGACAGCAGCUCUCACACUUUCCACGUUACUUUCUGCUGAGUGGACUCGACCGCAAAGAUGCCGAUCCUGGAGAAAGAGACGACCAGAGACAGAGAAAGUCAAGUGUUGCCAAAGGUUCCCGUGCCACCUCUGAAACAAACCCUGGAUACGUACCUGGGAUGUGUCCAGCACCUGGUGAUGGAGGAGCAGUUUAAGAAAACAAAGGCCAUUGUGGAGAAGUUUGGAGCUCCUGGAGGACUCGGAGAGGUUCUCCAGAAGAAGCUUUUAGAGAGAAGAGACAAGAUGGAGAACUGGGUCUAUGAAUAUUGGCUGGAGGACAUGUAUUUAAACAACCGGUUGGCUCUACCAGUCAACUCCAGUCCAGCUAUGGUUUUCCCAAAACAGAUGUUCCGAGAUCAUAAAGAUGCCCUGAGAUUUGCCGCCCGUCUCAUCAGGGGACUGUUGGACUAUAAGAGAGUCAUUGAGCAAAGAGCUCUACCUGUGGACGUCGCCCGUGGCCAGUUGGCUGGAACUCCUCUGUGCAUGGAACAGUACUACCGCCUCUUCAACUCCUACCGCUACCCUGGUCUGAAGACAGACACGCUGAAGGUCCAGACCAAGGCUGCAUCUUCAGCACCAGAGCACAUCAUGGUGGCCUGCAAGAAUCAGUUUUUCGUGUUGGACGUGGUCGUCAAUGGCAAACAGCUGAAUGAAGCAGAGAUCUUAUGCCAGCUGGAGAAGAUUGUGAAAAUGUCAGGAAAAGCUGAGGAGAGACUUCCUCCCUUUGGAAUCCUGACCUCAGACGGCAGAACAGAAUGGGCCCAGGCCAGAGACGUACUCACAAAAGAACCAAGCAACAGAGACUCACUGGCCCUGAUAGAGAGCUGCCUGUGUGUGGUGUGCCUAGACGAACCCAGCGGCCUGGUUCCCAGUGACACCAACCGAGCUCUGCUGAUGCUGCACGGUGGCGGCCGUGACAAAAACGGGGCAAAUAGAUGGUACGACAAGUCAAUGCAGUUUGUGGUAGGGAUGGACGGGGUCUGUGGCGUAGUGUGUGAGCAUUCACCAUUUGAAGGAAUAGUACUGGUGCAGUGUUCUGAAUACCUGAUGAAGUACAUAACGGAGAGCCCCUCCAAGAUGGCGACGGCCUCUAGCGUCAGAGAACUCCCCGCUCCCAGAAGACUGCCGUGGAAAUGUAACCCACAGAUCCAGGGGUUCUUAGCAGCGUCAGGAGAGCGACUCCAGAGACUGGUCAACAACCUUGACAUGGAUGUUUAUAAGUUUGAAGCCUACGGAAAAGAAUUCAUCAAAAAGCAAAGGAUGAGUCCAGAUGCAUUCAUCCAGGUUGCCUUACAGCUUGCAUUUUACAAAUGCAGGGGGAGACUUGUCUCCACUUACGAGAGUGCGUCCAUACGGCGUUUCCAACAAGGUCGAGUAGACAACAUUCGCUCUGCCACCCGUGAAGCCCUGGCGUUUGUAAAGUCCAUGACUGAUGAGAGAGUCGUGUUCGCCGAUUCAGAGAAGAUGAAACGACUGCGGGACGCUCUCAAUGCCCAGACAGAUUACACAAUCGCUGCUAUUACAGGAAUGGCCAUAGACAAUCAUCUCCUCGGACUUCUGAGGAUGUCAAAGGAGCUCAACAUGGAAAAGCCGGAGAUCUUCUGCGACCCGACAUAUCUGAUCAGCAACCUCUUCAUCCUCUCUACAAGUCAGGUACCAACCACUGUGGAAAUGUUCUGCUGCUACGGCCCCGUCGUGCCCAACGGCUACGGCGCCUGCUACAACCCACAGUCAGAUCACAUCAUGUUCUGUGUGUCCAGUUUCUGGGCAAAAUCAGAGACCAGCUCUGCCGUGUUCGUCAAAGCCCUGAACGAGGGCCUGUUGGAGAUCAUGGACCUGUGCAAUAGAUGCAGCGCUGCUGCUGCCAAAUCAGCUGAAAGCAGCCGGGGAGUGAGUCGGCCUCAUAAAUCAGGGAAGUAAGCCAUACUGCUCCUUAAAAACCACACUCUUAGAUGUAGACCUCAGCUGACUAAGUGUAUUACUGCGUCUUUGUCGUCUGUGCAAUAGUCGUCCCUUCACAAUAAAAUGCAAAGCCUUAAAACCCUACACAGAUUAUAUAUGUAUACAUAUAUUUAUAUAGAUAUGUAAAGUGAUAGAAAAAAUUAUUUAAAAAGUAACUUGAUUUGAGGCCAUCAGUUAUGAUUAUACCAUGGCAUAAAGACUAAAUGACCAGGCUGUCCUGAGGACAGUAGCAGUCUGUGACUACCAACCACAGUUAUCAAGUAAAAGAUGUGCAGUGGUUCCUACCACUCUGCUUCACGUCAAAUAACACCUAAUAUGAUAAAUAUAAAACAUAUUUAUCACUACAACAGGAUAAACCGGCCUCUUCUAGACUAGAUGACAUUUUCUUCCCUCCCUGACCGUCUGUGGCGACUUGAACAGCCGUAAAGCUCUGAUUUAAUUUAGGAGGGUCAAAUGAAGUGUUCCCUUAGGAAACAUUAGCUACGUCUGCCUUGUAGCACUGACAUGUGAAGACGUCCCCUUUAGAGCCGGGGGUCUCGAACUCUAA